GUCUGGCCGCGGGGACGCGCGCCUGGUCGCGCUCCUGGGCGCUGGGCGGCUUGGUGGGCGGGAAGGCCUCUGGAGCGGCGUGACGGGAAGCCAGCGGGCGAGCUAGCUCGAGGCCUGCCUCGCGAGUUCCAUUUCAGAGGACUGACUGUGUUGGGAAGGAAGAGAACUGCAUUGAGAGUGUUCUCAGCGUUUUACCCCAAAUGCCCCUUCCCCACACAAGAAACAGAACAGAUUCCCGCAGGGCCCCAGUUCUGCGGUUGGAUUCCUGGGAUAGCGUUUAGUUCCACCAUGUUUGGGAACCUAUUUGAAGAGGAUUAUUCCAGUGUGUCAAGUAGUCAGUAUGGAAGAGGGAAGAAAUUAAAGACUAAAGGUUUGGAGCCGCCUGCCCCUAGAGAAUUCACCAAUUUAAGCGGAAUCAGAAAUCAGGGUGGAACCUGUUACCUCAGCUCCCUUCUUCAGACGCUUCAUUUCACACCUGAAUUCAGAGAAGCUUUAUUUUCUCUUGGUCCGGAAGAGCUGGGUUCUUUAGAGGAUAAAGAUAAACCUGAUGCAAAGGUUCGGAUCAUACCUUUGCAGUUGCAGCGCUUGUUUGCCCAGCUUCUGCUCUUGGACCAGGAGGCUGCAUCUACCAUAGACCUCACUGACAGCUUCGGGUGGACCAACGAUGAGGGGUCAAACUGCUCAUCAAGUUUUCAGUCUUCAGCCUUUUUAGAAGGCUGCCCACCUUGGUGGUGUGCUUCUUGUCUGACUCUGCUGAGAAUGAACUGCCAUUAGGUCAGCGCUUUCCCAGAUCUUUUCAUUUCCCCUUCUUGACCCCUGACUUUUCAUUUUUCUACCCUGAACCUUGUAUCUGCUGUAGACCUGACUCACUGUUCAGUUUGUAUUCCUAAAAGGUGUUCCACCAUGUGCAAACAAACAUCUGUGGUAACAGAUAAGGGUUUUGUCAGUACAUCAAUUCAGACAACUGAUGACUGUGGUCCAUCCAUGCAAAGCUCUCACCCAUGGCCUUCUAAUAGGAACACGCCUUAAUCCAAUGGUACUGUCCUGUGGAGUUAAAGCAGGGAUUGGGUUUUGUAGCAGGUGACAGCACAUCCACUCAAGAGGCAUGUUACAUUCCAGAUAUAGGACUAGUGCUAGGACUAUAUUCCCUUAUCCUUGUGGUUUGCAUGUCAAAACCUGCAGUUCAGUGGCUUUUAGUAUUUUCACAGAAUUAGGCAGCCAUCACCACAGUCCAUUUUAGAUUGUUUUCACUGUUCUGAAAAUACCCCCUCUGCAUUUGCAGUCACUCCCCACCCACCUCCUCCUCCAGCUCUUCCUUAGUCUAUAACCUGCAUCCCACUUAGAGAUCUGCCUGUCCUUUACAUUUCAUAGGAGUAGAGAUAGACACUAUGUGGUCUUUUUUAGCUGACACGUUUCACUUAAGAUAAUGCCAAGGUUC